AUGAAGCGUCCCGCUUUCCUCAUCGAUGCCUUCACCAACACGAAAUUUGCCGGAAAUCAGGCAGCUGUUUGUCUUUUUGAAAAGAAACUAGCCGAUCAGGAAUAUCAAAGAAUCGCCGCCGAGUUCAAUCUCUCCGAAACAACCUAUCCGGUGUCUUUAGAAGAAGGGAAAGACUUCAAGACUGGCUCCCUAUUCUCCCUUCGUUGGUUCACUCCAACGGAUGAAGUACCUCUCUGCGGUCAUGCCACUCUUGCCACAUCUCACGUUUUGUUUUAUGAAAUUGGCAACGCCAACGCGUCACUCACUUUCCGUACCCUCUCCGGGGAUCUUAUCGUUAAAAAAGCCGAUCCCCAGCGAGUUGUCAUGGAUUUCCCACAAUAUAGUAUCUCCUACAUUCCCCUCUCAAAUCUCGACUCUCCAUUUAAACAACUUUUUCCCGAGUUUACUGAGGGAAAUUUAGCUAUGUUUCAAGCAAUAGUUAAGGAGUUAAUCCCUGAAAAUUUGAAAGUGAUCGGAGUGACUAUUGGCAUAAAAGCAAAGAAAUUAUUGAUCGUGCUCGACUCGGAGACAACAAGUGCCGAAUUUGCAACAAUUCACAAAAAUCACCCAUUAAUCGAGAUUCAUCCCGAGGGAUGCACUGUGCGAGGAGUCAUUGUCACAAUGGCGCCGAAAAAUCCAGAGAAACAGGGUUUCGUUGAUGUGAAUGGUCGACCGUUCGACUACGUUUGUCGAUAUUUCGCACCUUGGGUCGGCAUUGCUGAAGAUCCAGCCACUGGCUCGGCUCAAUGCGCGCUCGGACCGUUUUGGGCUCGGGUUUUCGAGAGGAAACAAUUGUAUGGCCUCCAAGCCUACCCAGGUCGGGGCGCUCAAUUCGAUGUGACUCUGGAAGAAAAUGAUCGAAUCUCCAUCACUGGCACAGCUGUUACAGUGCUCCGGGGUGAAAUUGACACCGAA